AUGCUGGGCUGGAGGUUGCUAGUCUCCGUGCUGAACACGGUUCACCUCCUUGUCAGCGCCAUCCUGCUGACGGCUUCGAUCAUGUCCUUCUUCGGGGACAAAUCAUCGACGUCUUCGAGUAGUUCGACCAUGGCGCCAAUGUCGCCCAUGCCGACCAUGCCAAGUUUGCUUCGCCAACAAUGCGACUGCUAUCUGGCGAUUGCCCCCCGCUGGACUCCGGACACCUUUGCCAGUACGACGGCUGUCUCGCGUGAACAGGAACAGGAAUAUGCGGCGCGAUGCGUCGGCUACGACAUUGGUGACAAGAAGGAUUUCCUGGACAAAUUCAACAAAGACCUCGACGCAAAGGCCGAGGGCAUUGACUGCGCAAAUACCUACAAGCUCGAAGCUACUACCCCCAAACCCGAAGCUAGCCCCGACCCCACAACUACCUCCGACCCCGAAGCUACCGUCGACGACGAAAAAUACGCGCUCGUCAUUCUGAUCGUCCUCAUCGUCAACCUGCUGGCCACCAUUAUCUCGUUCGUGGGCGUUUGCUGCGUGCGCAAGUGGUUCAUGCAGUUGCCGCUCAUUGUCAUUGCG